AUGGCGAGCACUAGUGCCGACUUUGAGCUCUCGGAGCUUCAAAAGUACUAUCACUUGCCACUGCGAGAAGCUGCACGACGUCUUGGUAGCUGUGAGGCCGUGGUCAAGCGCGUAUGCCGUCGAAAACACAUCCAGCGAUGGCCUUACCGUCAGGUAUCGUCGAAGCUCAUAAAGAUCCAGCACCUGUGCAAGUACAUGGCGCACGUGUCGGACGUUGCGCAGAAGGCGCGCAUCCAGCAGAAAAUCAAGCAGCUCACACAAGAGUAUCUUGAACUCGUCGGCGGCCAGGUGCCGUCCGAGCUGCAGCUCACACCUGCCGACGUGCCGACGCUACCACCGCCAAGGUACACGAGCGAAACCCCAAUGGACCCAGCAGUGCUGGCAGCUGCUUCCAAUGAUGACAACGGCUGCGAACUGGAGGAUGAAGACUUGGGCGAUGCGUCGACGUGCGACCAGCAGCUUUCUGCGUACUCGCUGCGCUUCAUCCUGUCCGAUUGCACAGUGCUCGAAACUGACACGGGUCUGCACUACAGCACCAAUGCAUAG